AUUUAUAUAUUUUAAGAUAAGCGGAUCAUUAAAAUUCAGUUACAUCAUUACCUGUUAAAAUUUCAUACAUGUAUCACUACUAUUUACUCAAUAUGCAUAUGAUGAUCGUGAGGGUCGCGGAUCCAGAUUAAGUAUGUUACGUGGCUCAUGAGAUAAUUCCAUCAAAGUCGGAUAAUGUUUAUAGAGGCCAAAAUUAAAUGCGUUCUUCUGUUACAUGAAUCGGGUAUCGAUUUCUAGUUAGUAAAUACUCAUAUUUAUUUAUUUAUACACAUUAAACAUUAUAAGAAAAAGGAAGACAAAUUAAGUUGAAUGGAUUAAUUAGGUAGGCGUCACCAAUUCACAAGUUUUGUGUGUGCCUAUAAAUAAGCCUUGGUUUAGUAGCAAACUCGCAACUCUUACACUUCCACACAAAACGUACUCUAUUUUCCAUUUCUUGGGGGUUUCUUUUUUGUUACCAAAGAAAAGAAAGAAACACCAAAAAAAAAUAAAAAUGGAGCUCUUCUAUGUAUCUUUGCUUUGCUUAUUUGUUUUCCUAGUAACCCUUUCACUCCAUUUCCUCUUCUACAAGAACAAAUCCGGGUUAUCGGGUCCCUUACCGCCCGGCAAGACCGGAUGGCCGAUGAUCGGAGAAUCCCUCGAAUUCCUCUCCUGCGGAUGGAAAGGCCACCCGGAGAAAUUCGUGUUUGAUCGGAUGGCCAAGUACUCGUCCCGCGUAUUCAAAACACAUCUCCUCGGCGAAAAAGCGGCGGUUUUUUGCGGGGCUCCGGGGAACAAGUUCCUGUUUUCGAACGAAAACAAGCUUGUUCAAGCAUGGUGGCCUAGUUCAGUUGACAAAGUCUUCCCUUCAUCCAACGGUUCAUCGAAAGAAGAAGCCAUCAAGAUGAGAAAGAUGCUCCCGAAUUUCCUAAAACCCGAAGCGUUGCAACGUUACAUCGGCGUCAUGGAUUACAUUGCCGGGAGACAUUUCUCAUCCUUCUGGGAAAAUAAGGUUGAAGUCGAGGUUUUCCCACUUUGCAAGAACUAUACUUUCUGGAUUGCGGCCAGGUUAUUUGUGAGCGUCGAAGAUCCAACUGAAGUUGCCAAAUUGCUUGAACCCUUUAAUGUUUUGGCUUCCGGGUUGAUCUCGGUUCCGAUUGAUUUGCCUGGAACGCCGUUUAACAAGGCGAUCAAGGCAUCAAAUCAGAUAAGGAAGCAACUUUUGGCCAUCAUUAAACAGAGGAAACUUGAUUUGGCUGAGGGGAAAGCAUCUCCGACACAAGAUAUCAUGUCACAUAUGUUGACUACAAGUGAUGAGAAUGGGAAAUUCAUGCAAGAAUUGGACGUUGCUGAUAAGAUUCUUGGGUUGUUGAUUGGUGGGCAUGAUACUGCUAGCUCUGCAUGCUGUUUCAUUGUCAAGUAUUUAGCUGAGUUACCUGAGAUCUAUCAAGAAGUUUAUAACGAACAAAUGGAGAUUAUGAAGUCAAAAGCUCCAGGCGAACUAUUGAACUGGGAUGAUAUUCAAAAGAUGAAAUACUCAUGGAAUGUGGCCUGUGAGGUGCUGAGACUUGCUCCCCCUCUUCAAGGUGCAUUUAGAGAAGUUCUUAACGAAUUCAUGUACAAUGGCUUCUCUAUUCCAAAGGGAUGGAAGAUAUAUUGGAGUGCAAAUACAACCCACAGAAAUCCUGAAUGUUUCCCUGAACCCGAAAAGUUCGACCCGUCAAGGUUCGAAGGAAGCGGACCCGCGCCUUACACAUUCGUACCUUUCGGCGGUGGCCCAAGAAUGUGUCCGGGUAAAGAAUACGCCCGAUUGGAAAUCCUAGUUUUCAUUCAUCACGUCGUGAAAAGGUUCCGGUGGGACAAAAUCAUUUCCGACGAGAAAAUCGUGGUCGAUCCGAUGCCAAUUCCGGCCAAGGGACUCCCUGUUCGACUCUAUCCUCACAAUCAUCGUGCAUAAAAAGAUUAGUUCUUGUCGGUUGUAAUGAUCGUUGGGGAAAGAUAAAAGAUCAAUGUCAAUUUGUUGCAUUUACUUUUGAAGAAAACAAAAAGAGAAAAUAGAUUAUUGGUGUUUGUGUUUUGACAAUUUGUUCAUAAAUCAUAAAUUCUCAUGGGAGGUGGUCAUAGUUUAAUUGAAGUGAUAUGACUACAUUAAUUGCAAUGUUUGCUUAUCAUCUGUUCUGAUAGUUACUUAAUUACGAGCUGUGCAUAAAUCUUUCCA